AUGAGUGCCUUGGUGACAUCCAGCCGGCUCACCAGGGCACAGGUCCUGCAACGCGCCCUCGCUAACCGUCCCGAGCUUCAGACCGUCAUCGACGACGAUUCCUCACGCCAGGCCCUUUCUUUCAAGAUCCUGCAGCCCGCCACCCUCGCCCACCACGAACGCAUAAAAACCGCCUGGAAAGAAUUCGUUGGUUCUUGGUAUGAGAAAGAUCCCACAACUCGCGCCCAGCUCGAUUUCGAAUGGAAACCGGGGGCUCCCCAUCCCGAGAGAGUCCAUAUCAAAAAUUUCGUCCUUUACCUCUCUCUGACCAUGCAAGGUCGCUUCGGUGACUGGACGACAAACGAGGACGGCACGCUCUCCCCCCCUCCUCCUACUCUUGGAACCGUCCGCGACUUCAUAAUCAUAUUCACUUCCCUCUUCAACCGCUACGUUCGCAAUCCUCUCCCGAAAUCUCUUACGGACGACGUCAUGCAUUACCUCCGAUCUGCCGAGCUUGCAGAAUCCGUCAAGCUCUCCAAGGGCGCACGAUUCAAGCAUGUAUCCAACUCCUUCGACAUCCAGCUCUUGCUGGAGGACGUCUAUAGCACUCCUCGCAUCAAACUCCAUCGACUUCGGUUCCAGAACGCCCUUCCUCCUAUUAUUACAAGUAUCACGACCGAACGCCCGGGUGCGAUCGUGGAGAGCCACCCACAUCGCGGCUCCAACGAAGCCCUCGCGUGGAAAGACCUCCGUUUCUUUGUCGUACCAAACGAACUCGAUCCUCGUACACCUCACGUAUUCGUCAUGGUUACCAUUCGCCUCCAGAAGGGUCUGCGUCAUAAGGAAGGAGCAUACAAAUCCUUCUUUUUGUAUCCCGAACCUGCCUCCAACAGAGUCCUUUGUCCGCUCUUGCCCAUCCUUUACCUCGCGUUUGACGACAAUAUCUUCGAGGACCUUCAAACACCCGAGGAGCUCCUUACCCCUCGCCUUCUUCCCACAGCAAUCCACGAGCUUCGCAUCCGUCCAUCGAAGAAUGAGCUUCUCAUCCUCCGCCGCCAGAACCUCACCCCUGAUGGCCCGGUCAUCGACCCUCAGCUUGCUAUGCCGUAUAGUGCGCUAUACCGACAACUUUACGCAUCGAGUAUCGACGCCGGCUUUCCUUUUCACUUCACCAUGUACGCCGCUCGACGUGGAGCGGGCCAGAGGAUCACUACGACUCUUUCAGAAGACGAGCGGAAGCAGGCGAUGGGCCACACUGAUUCGUCGGAAACCUGGAUCAAAGCCUAUCUCGGCAAGAUCAACCAUGCAGACCUCCAGAGCGUGCAAGUCGAUCGGGCUGUGGACUCCGACCAGACUUCCUUAUUCGGCAGAGCUUCCGGUCUCGCUAGUCGGGCUGACCCUAACGCUCCGAAACAACUGACCAUCGCACAGCGACAAGAACUCGAGAAUGCGCCAGAGCUCGUUGCUCUGCGCUUGGAGAACAACCAGUGUACCGCCAAAGCGAGGCUUAUCGAGCAAAAAUUGUAUAAUCCUACUUUCAGAGGCGAUCGCAAAGCGUCGGAGAAGGAGAAGGAAGCUCUUACCGCCCAGGCCCACACGUGCAGACGCAACCAUUUGAGGAUUUUCCUGCGGGAGUCUCGAGUUCGCCUUCUGAAGACCCGCAAGCAAUACUUCAUAGACAACUCUCACCGCCAGCUGACGGGAAAGGCUGCUCCUCGCCCCACCCCCAUGCUUAUUGAUUCGAUUCGCGGCCAACGCGCAUCCACCUCGACCACUGAAGCAAUGCCGAUGGGUUUCCCGGAUGACGUCUCCAUUCCGGUAUCCACUGCCCCCACCUUCGAGAGCACGGUUUUCGACCCCCUUGCCAACUUCCUCCAGGCCAUCUCUUCCUCUGAGACGACCGGGAACGACCACCUCCUCGCCUGUGUGAACGCCGCACUCGCCUUACCGGAGCGCAUCUCUGAGGAAACGUUGCCUGGAGAAUCUCCGACUGCUGAAAACAAAUGUCCUAUCUGCGACUUGAGUUGCACGAGCGCGAACAUGAUCCACGGCGUCGGUCUUCACAUUCAUCGCUGUAUCGAGAAACGAUUCCGAGCACAAGUUCAGACCUUUGUCGAGGACACGUUCACUCCUGUCGGCUGUCAAUGGCACGGAUGUCCAUGUCAAGGCGAGGUGUGGAAAGACCGGCCAUCCUUCAUCGUUCACCUUCACGAUAUUAUCGACCAUGGACGUCCCAUCAAACGUAGUCUGCACUCCAUCGACAUUCCAUCUGCGUGCCAAUGGGUCAGUGAACAGGGGUAUAUCUGCGGUCGUUCGAUGGACGAAGACGGCCUCGACUGGAACACGCAUUUUGCCGUAUUUCACGGUCUCAAUACCCAUGCCAAGGUCAGGCUCGACUACUGUAGCAUACGCAAUAUUUGGAUUCCCGACUAUACAGGAGACCACGCCGAACUCCGCACCCACGUGAUGACUGAGUACGAUCAGCUUUUUGCUCAGUUCGAAGUUCGAACACUUGACGAUACCAUCCCGGAGCCCAUCGGAAUCGCCACAUGCCGUGACGGCGCCGCUAUCCAGUACGAGGUCGGUAGCGGCUUCGAGGGAGUCUUGCCUGACUGCCAUGGUCAUAUCGUGCGAGGAUUGGCUAUCACCCCGCUCAUUUGCCCUGUGUGCGUAUACGAUCGUGCUCUUGACAUGGUAUACCGCAUGAAACAAUACACCGAUGUCUCGGCGUUUGCGAGACACUUCCGAACUGUUCACGUUGACAACCUCGAGCUAGAUUCUGAAUACCCCUGUGCUGUCCCUGUGUGUGGCAUUAAGACCUUCAACGUCCACGACUUGGUACGCCACUAUGUCACCAAUCACCGCCUACCCAUCUGCGGCACCGGCCGUGAGACCAGAGUUCGCGUUCUGCUUCUUCCUGCCCUUGGUUCAUACUCUCCGGACACUUCAUCUUCCUCAGCUUCAUUCCUCUCAGCUUCAUUCCUCGCAGAGCCGACCGCGGGAACAUCUACGUCGCUUGUCCCUCCCCCUCUCGAGACUGUAACAAUUGAGAUCGUAGCUCAAACGAACUCCGAGUCGUCGGAUGUCAUCAUCGGCAAACGCCCUCGCAAGCAGGCUCGGGUUCCUAAGAUCGAAGGCUACUGCACCGGUUGUAGGAAGGUCAAGAAAGAUAUCAUCGGGCACCUCCAAUCUCGAGGCCUUGAUACUCAGUGCCGGAAGAAGAGCUCGUACGUCCUCGUCGGUGAUGUAACCGCUCAGCCAAUACCAUGGGUUCCCACCGCAGAAGACAAUGCCUUGAUAGGCUCGCGUGACACAUUAGGGCGUAGCUACUUCUGCAAUGGCUGUCUGACAUGCCAUGCAGACAUACGCGACCAUCUUCCGAACAACUGUCCGAAGGGCGGGAAGAGCUUCAGGUAUAACGCGACGGGAAAGAAUGCUCGGAAGGGUACUUACUAUAAAUUCGAGGAGUGGAUCAAGGAUCACCAAGGAGGAGCUGGCCCAAGCGUUUAG